GCUCGUUCCUCCUCGGGCCGGUUCGGGUCUUUCCGCGGAUCUCUGCGGGGGCAGAGGCUCACUCUUUCUCUCUCAACGGCACUCGGCGACUGCUCCCUCCGGCUCGCGAGGCACACACGCGUUUGCUCCUUCGUCGAACCAGGUCGUGAGUGUAGGAGAGUAAUAUUGUUAAUAUUAUUAUUAUUAUUAUUAUUAUGUCGAUACAUAUAUAUUAUGGAUGCAUAAUAAUAUUUUAUUUUUAAUAAUAUAUUUAAAAGUUUUUAUUAUUUAUUUUGUUUAAAUUCGGGAGUGUUCAAUCAAUACGCCGUGUUUUUUAUCCGCAAUUUUAAACUCUCGUUUUUUCACUCAUUGUUUUUAAAACGUUCAAUUUCAAUCGAGUGUUAGUUUAUAAAAUAAUUCAAGAUUAUUUUAUUAACAAAAGUGAUAAUAAAAAAGACAGAUUGUUUUUUUUUUAAAUUCAUACCUUUCCCGCGCUUUAUGCCUAACACCACUCAGUUAUUUUCUUUUGUUUAAAAAACAAAAAACGGUUAUUUUUGUACAUACAAGUGAAGUAUAUAAUAUGACAGGUGUCACUAGAUGACCGAGAAUUUAACAAGACUUGGUGGCUGUAAAUUUUCAACGGUAAUACCUGAGUUAAUUAAAAAGAAAAAAAAAAAAGAAGAGAUCAUUUUAAUUCUGUUGAGCGAAGCUGAGUUUUUUACUGCCGUUAGUUAUUUUUGAGUGAUUGUUUGGUGAUUGACUGAGGUAACAAAUUAGUGAUUGGAUAAUAAGUUUAUUUAAAAAAUUGGUUUUUAUAAUUAUAUGAAAAAGGUUAAAGUUUGUGUUGCAGAUCAAAAGAGGUCACUGGCGUGACAGUGCAGUUGUUUAUCUUCUCUUGUCCGUACGCUUUAUUCGCGCUUCCGGGUUAUAAACUCGAGCUGAAAAAUUUUAAAUAAAAAUAAAAGAGCCCGAAUUCGUCGAGUGUACGGACUAAGUUGUUAUUUACGAUUUAUUAUGUGAAGCACAAAUUUUUAUUGAUGCUUAGAGAAGAUCGUAUAAUUUUAUUGUUAUAAUUAUUUUGGUAAUUUUUAUACCAACGAGUUACAGGUGUGAUUUUAUUUUUUACUUUAAAAUAGUGUUUUGUUAAUUUAAUUUAAUUUGCGUAAUUAUUGCAUUUUUUAGUGAUGACUGUGACUGGAUUAUUUGAUUUUUGGAUUGGAAAACGUGUGACGCCCACUCCAUUACGUCAUGAUUACUGUAAUUGACGUUUUUAUUAUUUUCAUUUUAAAGAUUUGAGUUGUUGGUCUCUCAUGAAAAAUAAUGACAUGAUGAAGACAAUUUUACUGAGUUUUUAAAUAUGUGAGUACUUUUUUAUUGAGUAAUGAUUAAGUGAAAAUACUAGAUUUUUUGUUUUGUUAAAAAGUUUAAAAAAAAAAUUGUGAAACGUCGAUACAAAUUUGCAUACAUUGGAAAUGAAACGCUGUGCAAAAAAUAUGCAGUGAAAAUCUGGACUAAUGAGAUUAUUGAACUAUCAAUAUUCUGAUACGUAUGAAAUUUUUUUGAUUGUCCACUUGCAUCGGAUACGAGACAAAGUUUGUCAAUAAAAAUAAAAUAAAAAAAAUAAGAUAAAAUUUUAGUUAUCGAAAGGAUUGUUUAUCGUUUAUUUUUGUUGUUUAUAAAACUCGUGCAGAUUUGUGUGAUAAAGUUUUAAGUGCUUUUUUAAGUGCAUUAAAUAAAAUCGUCAGAUGUCCUAAAAGAACUCAGUAAUAAAUUUAACAACGUUAAAUUGUAAUAAUGGAAGGCGUUAGAUCAAUUUCCGGUGAUAAAUCCCGGGACUCUAUCCACAUGAUGGUAAUGAUUAUCCUCGUGGGAUUUUUUAUAUCGCCGAUUGUUAAAGGUGACACAAAUCAGCAGUAUUUCAAAGUAAGACCCAUAAACAGUUCUGUGCAAGAAGGAGGAAGAGUAAUGAUACCAUGUGUCGUUGGAAAAAGAAUGGGAAUAGUACAGUGGGCUAAAGAUGGUUUCGCCUUUGUCAUUCAGCCGGGUGGCAGCAUUGUUGGUUAUCCGAGACUAAAAUUGGAGGGUGAUCAAAAUUCAGGAGUUUACAAUUUAACGAUACGCGAUGCUUCGUUGACGGAUGAUGGAGAGUAUCAGUGUCAAGUUGGUCCUUAUGGAAAAAUAAAAGCGAUUCGUGCUAAUGCUAACCUCGUAGUGAUAUCACCGCCCCAAACUGUUGAAAUCAGCAACUACCCAAAUCACAACAAAAUCGAGCUAAAAGUAGGGGAGUCUACGAGUUUGGAGUGCACAGUCAGCUACGCAAAGCCAGCUGCUACAAUUGUGUGGUAUCGCGGGAAUCACGCGAUCACAGGAGGUGAAACGAGCAUCAAGCCAAUCUCCAUCGAAGACGGUAAAGAUAAAGAUGCACCGAAACCCGGUGAACCGAAGAAGAAACUUCAAAAAUAUGAUACGCACAGUUCAAUAACUAUUGUACCAACUGUCGAAGAUGAUGGUACGGAUUAUGCUUGUGAAGCUAGGCAUCCGGCUAUUCCUCUUGACAGGCCGAUGAGAGCGGUCGUUAAGCUCUCUGUUUUAUAUCCACCUGGGCCACCGUACAUUGAAGGAUAUACUGAGGGUGAAACAGUUCAACGAGGGCAAAGAGUUGAUCUAGUGUGUAAAUCACGCGGUGGUAAUCCGCCAGCUCAGGUGGUCUGGUUCAGAAAUGACGAAGUAAAGAGCAACUUUUACCGUACGGACGACAGAAUAUCCCAGAAUUUACUGACAUUCGAGGCGAAAUCUGAGGAUGACAAAGCACGAUAUCGCUGUGAAGUAUCUAAUGUCAUGAGUGUAACACCUCUCAAAGUUCACGUUGAUCUCAGCGUUCUCUUCCAUCCAGCUUCAGUGAUAAUAACCGGACCAACAGAAGCUAAAGCCGAGGAAACUGUUACAAUUAUUUGCACAACAGAAAAUUCAAAUCCCCCUGCGGAAAUAAAAUGGACUGUCGCUGGUAGUGAGUUUCAUACAAAUAACUCACGGACUUAUUUGGCACCCCAGGGUGGUUAUAUUACUACGUCAAAUAUAACAUUUAAUAUUAAUCCUGAUGCUAAAAGUGUUGUCGUUAUUUGCCAAGCGACUAAUAAAAAACUUGCUGAUUACACUACGAAGGCACACACUAUUAAUGUUAUAUAUCCACCAGCAAGUUUAAUUAUUUCUGGUUACGAAGAUAAUACAACGAUUGAUGCUGGCGUUAUAUUAAAGUUACUUUGUAUUGCAACCGCUGGUAACCCUCUUGCCAAUGUUACUUGGUAUAAAAAUGAUAAAGAGAUUAAAGGAACUGUUUUUACGAGGGAUCACGCAGUAACGAAUGAAUUAGAAAUGCUAGUAAACGCAUCGGAUAAUAACGCGCACAUAAGAUGUGAUGCCAUUAAUUCAGCGACGACCAUUCCAAUGAGUAAAAAAUUAAUCUUAAAAGUCCACUUCCCAACGGCACAAGUGAAAAUAACUCGUGAACCCGAGGAAUUUCGUGCGGGUAGAGUAGGCAAAUUGAUAUGUGAAUCAAGCGCGAGUAAUCCACCCGCAGAGAUGUCAUGGUGGAAAGGAGGGCUAGCCGUCGAGGGGACUAAAAAUACGACACGCGUGGGACUUCACGGUGGAUUUGUAUCAACCGUUGAGUUUCAGCUUCAAUUGACUGAGGAUAUGAACGAAGAAGUUUACACUUGCGAAGCCCGUAAUGCAGUGAUGCAACGAUCAACUCAUGACGCUACUGCGUUAAAUGUUUUGUUUAAGCCAAUAUUUUCAUCGAUGGAUCCAAGUGAGUUAGUCGGAAUGGAAGGUGAGCCUUACGUAAUAUCCGUAACAGCCAGAGGUAAUCCAAGCACUAUCAACUUUACAUGGACACGUGAUGGCUUGCCAUUGAGUCGCGAUAACUCGCGAAUUAAAGCGCGUGAUUCAACAUUAAACAUAACUCGUUUACAUCGGAAUGAUGCGGGUACUUAUGUAUGCCAAGCGACUAAUAAAGAAGGCUCGUCGUACUAUCAGCUGAAUUUAACAGUUCAAUAUGCGGCUGAAAUCAAACGGACAUCCGAAUCCGGAGCAGUGUAUUCGCCAGAUACCGAGGCUAAAUUAUUUUGCGAAUUGGAUGGCAGUCCCAUUGGUGAUGAAUAUGUAACGUGGUAUAAAGUUGGCUUGAAUUCGGGACUAUCUAAUCGUUAUUCGACCUCCUUUGCAAACAAAACAUCCUUCCUGCAUAUCAGCAAUCCAAGUGUAGAAGACGUUGGAGAAUAUCGUUGCAAUGUUAACAAUGGAAUUGGAAAUGUCACAUCUAAACCCAUUCUAUUCAUCACUAAUUUUGAGCCGCAAAUUACUAACAACCACUUAACGAGAAAAGCUGCCGCUAAUGUCGGGUCAGAGGUUAAAUUACAUUGCCGUGCACGUGGAUCACCUUUACCUAAAUUUAUAUGGACAUUUGGCGAUAAAACUUUAUCACCUAAUGUUACUACAGAUAAAUAUAAAAUUGUUAGAAAAGAGCUAUCAAAACUGGAAGCUCAGUCAACAUUAUCAAUACUUCGAGUUACACAACGUGAUUAUGGAAAAUACAAUUGUCGAGCAUCGAAUUCAAUGGGUCAAAUAACAGACUUUGUACAAUUGGAUGUAACUUCGCCGCCUGACAAGCCGACAGACCUGCAAGUGUCUAACGUAACUCAUGAUAGUGUCACGUUGAAUUGGAAAAAAGGAUUUGACGGUGGUCUACCAACUUCCUAUCGCAUUCGGUGGCGACAAGCGCUCGAUUAUCAAGACAAUUAUGAUUACCGUGACAUAUCGGCGGGACAAACGACUGCAACUAUCGACGGACUAACUUUGGGAACUUACUACGUCUUUAGUAUAAUGGCGAGGAAUAGUAAAGGCGAGAGUCCAUAUUUGCCUGAUCUCGUUAAAGUUCAAACUCUCCGACUCGAUAAAAGCCAUAGCCACCAGGAUUUAUUGGAGAAAAGUGAUUUUCCGAUGAAUUAUAUCUAUACAGUUGCCGCUACCUCCAUCAUAUUUUUUAUUAUUAAUCUAUUCAUCAUGCUAUGGUACAUUGUGCGAAAAAAAAAUAAAGCCCACAUCAACAAAUCUCAAACAGCGGACAUGUAUGCACCUUCAACCGUGAAUGGCGACACGAUGACAGGGGAAUUAAGUUCAGUCUCGGACGAGAAGAGCGACGUUAAUUUCGACGCUAAUGAUUACGUGGAUGAGGGGAGAAAAACAGCGGCUAGUACCUAUUUAAUAGAUCAAAGUAUACAAGAUUUCAAUAAGGGUGGUCUGGAAAUGCAAGUACACCAUCAAGGUACCCUCGGUAGACGUAUCAAUCAUGUGCCAAGUGUGAUGCCAUUAGACUCGCCACCGCAACGUACCACUGCCAGUGGGACUCUCUCUGUUUCGAAAUCGAGUUACAUCGGGAAUCCCAGUCCAGCCCCGCCCAGCGACGUAAAUUUCUACAGUGUGGAGAUGGACAGUGGCCGCUAUAUGGGGUAUGAAACGAACCCUAGCCCGGUGCCGGUGUUGAACGAACCCGGACCAGGCGCUUAUUAUCCGUCCCUUGGCAGCGGGCAUCACCACGUUGGUGUGUUACACACGGGAGCGAAUACCGGGACACUAACGAGGAAUCGUACACUACCGCGUCCUGUACCCCCACCCGACGUCACUGUAAUGACUGCAGGAACGAAAUCACCCCAGCCCCCAUCAGUGCCACCCCCGCCAAUCACUUUUGCACGUGCGGGUCCAAUCCCCGUACACUCCCACGGCCAUCCAUUGUCAACUUUCACCUCAACACCUAAUUACUCUGACAUCGAUGGACAUCUUGUCUGAGAUUCAUCCGACGUCUCGGACAUCCGCAUCGGUCAUUACCACCACCACCAUCACCACAAUCAUCAUCUUGUCCACUCACCGACGCCGAACUCCGAGACGCGAACUCAUUCUGAACGGGUUACACGACUUUAAUUUUUUUUAACAGCAACAUAGUGAACUAACAAUAUUAUUAUUUUAAAUAAUAAUAUAACAAUAUACUGAGUGAGUGUGAUAUAUAUAAUAUAUAUAGAGACAAAACAGUGCAACUAGUGUGAUUGAUAUCAAUCCUCAUCGACCGUAACAAACUCUUUCAUAUUAAUCAAUUAACUAUUAUACCUGUACAUAUUGAUAAGAUAAUCCUCUUACGGCUGAUACAAUGCGGUUUUAAUUGAUUUUUUAAAUUUAUUUACAUAAGAUUUUUUUUUAUUCGCAUAAAUUAUAAAUUAACCAUUUUUUGGAUAAUUUGUAAGUAGAAAAGACCAAGUACCCACUUAUUAAUAUUACUUUUAUUAUUAUUAAUUAUUACUAAUAUUAUUUUAGUUUUUUUUAUUAAUGACUGAUUGUGCUAAAACUUGGCAUUGAAAAUUGAGUAAAAAGAAAAAUUAAUAAAUAAUUGGGCUGUCUGGGAAAAUUAGUCAUACACGGUCAUAUAUGUUUAAUGUUACAUGAAUUUCGAUCAAUUAUAGGCAUAUAUAAUCAUAUGAAGAUUAAAAAUUUUGAAUUACAAAUCAUGCAACAAUAAGGUAACCAUUUAAACGAUUAAAUUGAAAUGAUAAUUGAUUAAAUCAUUCGUCUUACAAUGCAUGCAUAUGUAUAGUCACGUAUAUGACUAUCGUUUUAUAUAAAUUCCCAUGUCGAAAAAAAAAUUUUAUAUGAGUUUUAUUUUACAUUUUAUUCAUAACUGGAAUAUUAAAAAGUACCGAGAUGACUUUUU